GCGGUCAGAGUUCUACGGGACCUGAAAACUGUAUUUGAGACAAAUUUUCACUUAGCCAGUCUCAUUCUCAAGAUAACAUUAGAUUACAUAGGUUAACAAUAACUUACACUAUCGUUUACUUUUUCGGAUAUAGGUAAUUUAUUUUCAUUUAUAUUUGAUCACUAGAUAUUCUUACUUCAACUAAGUAGUGUAUUGAACUUUGUGAAAAAUCUCUUAUAAUUAAAUACCUAGUUCGGCAUGGUUUCAAUGAAAUUAAAAAUAUUUGUUAUUAUUUUUCUAUAUUCGUUCCAGUUAUGUGGUUCACAAGGAAGGAAAUAUGGUUUACCAAGCUCUAGGAACUUACAGGAAUUAUUGAAAACGCAUUCUUCACCACAGGAAAACUUUACCAACAAUAUUUCAGUAGCAAGCUCUUCAGUAGUGGAAAUAAAAGUUUAUUACGAAACACUGUGUCCGGGCAGCAUCCAGUUUUUCAGAAACCAGCUGAAACCCAUUGCUGAAAGACUCUCUGAACAUUUGAAAAUACAUUUAAUUCCGUUUGGCUUCGCUGAAAUUAAGUGGCACAAAAGCCGUCCCCAGUUCCGUUGCCAGCACGGCGCGCUGGAGUGUUUUGGCAACAAGCUGCACGCGUGCGCCUCCGAGAUACUGCGAGAUACGGCGCAGGCGCAGAUAGUGACGAGUAAUGCGCAGGCGCAGGGGUUACCGGGUGAUGCGCAGGUGGUGCCAGGCGAGGCGCUGUGGGAUGACGCGAAGGUGGCGCUGUACGCCGCCUGUCUGAUGGACGCCACGGGCUACCGGCCGAGCUGGCACGAUCAGGCCAGGGCUUUCCAACAGUGCAAUAUACACAUGCGGCUCUCUCAGGCGCAGAGGUCUAGGAUAUUUGCUUGCGCCGCGGGACGGCGUGGGUCUUCACUGCUACUGUCUCAUGCGGGGGACACCAGGAGGCUCGGGCCUCCGUACCUGCCCUAUGUGCUGGUCGACGGUGCUCCCUCCGAGCCCUAUUUACUGGCGAGUAUUUGCUCGAAGCUUCAACCUAAGCCUGAUGCGUGCUGGCAGCAUUUAUGAUCUCAAUGCAAAUACAUUGAUAGGAUAUGAAUCUAGUUGUGAUUCCUCUGUUGAUGGUAUUUUAUUCAAAGGAUUUACCGAGACUAUAAAACACUAGCACCCAACGUUGAAAAAUUCUAGCAAAACAAAAUCUUGUAAUGUUUAAAACUAUGUGAGUACACUCUACAACUACAAGUAUUAUUAUAAAAUUCACACAUUAACCUCAUGGAAUUUUUGAAAUUUUUCCUUCUAUUCCUAUUAUUAUACUCAUUGCUUUAAACCACACAAAGACUUAUCGUUUUCCUCUCCGCUACGAAAUGUCUUCAGUUUGUCGGUAAUAGAUUUUCAGUGUUUACCUCGAUUGCGAGCUGAGAGGAGCUGCCGUGUGGCGGUAUUCAUAUGUGUCACGGCCCGAGGCAAUAUCCUGUGUCGUGUAUUCAAACAGCCGAAAUCCCGCAGCGAAUGGCCGUAAGGCCGAAGCUAUUGUUCUGCCGGGCGGCGGUCGGUCUGCAGACUCGCCUCUAUGGAGGGUUACUCUAGAUUAAGAAUCUAACAAACGAGAGUUGUCAUGCAAUCGGUACGUUACAAUCAACGAGACAGAGUAGCGGUUAACGCAGCAGGGUUCCGAUACUGGUUUUUCGUCAGCUAGAGUGACCUCCCUGGGGCAUUCCCGCCACAUGGCGUGGCUCGCACACUGCCGCGCCGGGACACUUGCCAACAAUACCUCCCGUUAUUGUUCCGGGCUCGACUCGCACCCUGCUAAUGCUGGCUACAGCUUUGUACCCUAAUUGGACAGUUUCUAAAGAACACUUGAAGUUCAUAAGCUCGCUCCUAUCCUAUUUGUGAUUGCCAUUACACUUGCGUGCGUGAGAAGCAGCGCUCGUACAUAUUUAAGAUGUUUUGAAACCGACGACCAAAAGACAUGUAUGUAUAAUAAUAUACUUACAUCUACUUUGUAUAUAACUACUUUUAAGAUAAUUUUAAUAAUUGAACUUGGCGAACGUCGGUCUCUUCAGAAUAGUAGUCAGGGUCCACACCACUACACCAUUCAGUAGUCCAAAUUAAAAUGUAAUAUACUUACAUACAAACCAAAUAUUGCAUACAAACCAAAAGCGUACUUAUCUAACUUUUGAACCUAAGUACUUAGCUGAGGUACUUUGUCGGUACUUGACUGAAAUACUUAUAUCAGACUGUUUCAGUAAGUAAAGUUAAACUACUGAAAACCGAAGCUGCUGUGUAACGCAUACUGUGGGUCUGUACGUCUGUAGUCUGUUGCUAGUUGAAAUUAACCAAUAUGUAAUUGCCCAGGCUUCUGCAAACUCGUCCCAUGUACUUACGUAGUGUAUCUACCUGCAUAUAAGAUGCAUAUAGUAAAUGGGACUUUUUAUUGAUGCAGGCGCAGUUCAGUUCGGAAACGAUCAUCUGAACUAUUCUUAACAUCACAGUUAUUUAUGACCAUUUUUGUUAUUAAAAAAAAAGUUAAUUUAUAGUAUAAAAAACAUUGCACAUUCAAUAUCUUGAGAUUCAUGAGUCAGUCUCGCGGUACCUAAAUAUUUGAAAUAUUCUCUCUACAUGACUCAGAAACAAUUCUGACUGACCAUAAAAGUUUUAAAACCGAUAACUAUAAAGUUGGGAACGAGUGAGGCCAUUCUAUAAACUGUCAUGUUUAUCUUUAGUCCU